AUCGGCGUACCUCAUCUGAAAUUCUGGAGGGAGUCCCAACGGCCAUUCACAAAGGUAACGUACGUCAGAAGAAAGAAGAAACGUGGCUUCGAAUCCUUCUUUAAUAUUGGGGGUGUGAAGCUGAACAACCGGGAUCAUUGGAGGCUGCCAGCUCGGUUCCAACUGCCGUUCAACGUCUUUCAUUCUGUCACUUACCCCAAAAGGGAUUCUACCUAAUCUCCAAAGGGUAAUCUCUGCAGAUCUCAAACCUCAGACCAAGAAAUGGGGACCGAACAGGGUGCGGCAGUGGAGAUAUCGGAGCCCUUGCUGCUGGAUUCUGGGAAGGUCAGAGAGGUUGAGUUGGAGGAGAGGAUUCCAGAAUGGAGAGAUCAGAUCACACUCAGGGGGUUGGUGGUGAGCGCCGUGAUGGGCUCCCUCUUCUGCAUCAUCACCCACAAACUCAAUCUCACCGUUGGGAUCAUCCCUUCUUUGAAUGUAGCUGCUGGCUUGCUAGGCUUCUUCUUUGUUAAGUCAUGGACUGGCUUCUUGUCUACAUUAGGGUUUUCGGUCCGGCCCUUCACUAGACAGGAGAACACUGUCAUCCAGACCUGCGUCGUUGCUUGUUAUGGCCUCGCUUUUAGCGGGGGAUUUGGUUCAUAUUUAUUGGCAAUGGAUGAGAGAACAUACCAACUUAUUGGUGUGGAUUACCCUGGUAACCGAGCAGAAGAUGUUUUGAACCCAGGGCUGGGUUGGAUGAUUGGAUUCUUGUUUGUUGUCAGUUUCCUUGGGCUUUUUAGUCUUGUUCCUCUUCGUAAGGUUAUGGUCAUGGAUUAUGAGCUUACAUACCCUAGUGGGACAGCUACAGCAAUGUUGAUAAAUAGCUUCCACACAAACACAGGGGCUGAGCUUGCAGGGAAGCAAGUCAGCUGUCUUGGAAAAUAUUUAGGCAUAAGUUUAAGUUGGAGCUGCUUUAAGUGGUUCUUUAGUGGUAUUGGGGAUUCAUGUGGAUUUGAUAAUUUUCCCAGCCUUGGCUUGACAUUAUACAAGAGCACGUUUUAUUUUGAUUUUAGUCCAACUUAUGUUGGAUGUGGUCUUAUUUGCCCUCAUAUAGUCAACUGUUCAGUUCUUCUUGGGGCGAUUAUAUCAUGGGGUUUUCUUUGGCCCUUCAUUUCUCAACAUGCUGGGGACUGGUAUCCAGCUGACCUUGGCAGCAAUGACUUUAAAGGUCUUUAUGGAUAUAAGGUUUUCAUAGCCAUUUCCCUUAUCCUUGGAGAUGGUCUUUAUAAUCUGAUCAAGAUAAUAUCAAUCACUGUUAAGGAAAUGUGGAACAGCAGCACCAAACAGAAUAACCUUCCUAUCAUUAAAGAGGUUCUAGACAGUGAGAGUUCCAAGCUACUAAUGCAGCGAAAAAAACAAGAUGAAAUAUUUCUAAAAGACCGAAUACCCUCCUGGGUUGCAGCUUCUGGAUAUGUGGGCCUGGCUGCAAUAUCCACAGCAACGAUACCAGUUCUUUUUCCGGCCCUCAAGUGGUAUCUGGUUCUCAGCUCAUACGUUAUUGCCCCUGUUCUUGCCUUCUGUAAUUCCUAUGGCACAGGACUUACUGACUGGAGCUUGGCUUCAACCUAUGGAAAGAUUGGUCUUUUCAUUAUUGCUUCAGUAGUUGGAGGCAAUGGUGGUGUUGUAGCUGGUUUAGUGGCUUGUGGGGUUAUGAUGUCCAUCGUCUCCACUGCAGCUGAUCUCAUGCAAGAUUUCAAGACAGGUUACCUUACUCUAUCAUCAGCUAAGUCUAUGUUUGUGAGCCAAUUGAUAGGAACUGCCAUGGGCUGUGUGAUUGCUCCUCUCACAUUCUGGUUAUUCUGGACCGCUUUUGAUAUCGGAUCCCCAGAUGGUCCCUAUAAGGCACCAUAUGCUGUUAUUUUCAGAGAAAUGGCCAUUCUAGGAGUUGAAGGCUUCUCCGAGCUGCCCAAACAUUGCCUGGCCAUAUGCUGUGGGUUCUUUGUGGCAGCUCUGGUUAUAAACCUUCUCAGGGACGUGACUCCUGCAAAGGUCUCACAAUUUAUUCCUAUUCCAAUGGCAAUGGCAGUGCCAUUUUAUAUUGGAGCUUAUUUUGCCAUUGACAUGUUUGUCGGAACAGUGAUUUUGUUUGUAUGGGAACGAAUGAACCCCAAGGGCGCAGAGGAUUUUGCAGGGGCAGUUGCCUCAGGCCUAAUAUGUGGAGAUGGGAUUUGGACAAUACCAUCAGCCAUUCUCUCCAUUUUCAGGAUCAAUCCACCCAUCUGCAUGUACUUUGGCCCUUCUUUGAGGCGCUGAGCUGGGUAACCCAUGUCCAGCAGCCUAAUGAUUUGGACUCUUGAAUUGGAACAGUUGUUGGAUUCUGUAAAUAUUGUAUUUAUGUGUCAAUGUAUGGUGCAAUUUGCUUCCUACUGUGGGUUAAGACUUUAAGAGACACACAAUUUGCUUCCUA